AUGCGUGAUGCUCGAUUGAAUUUUAAUCAACAUGUGGAACAUGUUAGUGCUACAGCGUCAAUAGUUAGGACUAGUCUUGCUCUUAUGAUGCCUAAUUUUGGAGGCCCUAAACAAACCAGAAGGAUAUUUCUAUCGUCAGUGGUUACUUCUGUGCUGACAUAUGUCUUAGCAGAGAAAAGACGGACAAUUUACUAUAGAAGAUAUCAGCAACUGAGUCUUGAAAAGUUGGAAUUAGAAGAACGGCAGAAUAGCAUUGACCGAUGGCAGCAACUGUGGGAUGUCGCUGUGAAGGGCAGAUGGAUGCAUCGUCUCAUUCCUAACAUCAAAGUCUGGCUAAGUCGCAAGCAUGGAAAAGCAAAUCAUUAUACUACGCAAAUGCUAUCUAGGCACGGCUGUCUUCGAGCCUACCUUCAUCGCUUCAAGCACGAUAGCUCAGCCUAUUUAAAAGAUUAG